UCCAUGUCCGAUUCUCAUGACAUGUCUUAGUUGAGUAAUAGAAGUACAAUUGGUUAAGAAAGAUAAUCUUAUGAUAAAAUCAUUAUCACAAAAGAUAAGACACUCCUUAAUCUAAAUACAUAAAAUUGUGUGAUUAAACGAAAUGUGUGUGUUGAAUGUGAGUUCUUUGCUAUUUUCAAAUACUACGAGUAACACAACUAUAGACGGUCAACCAAAUUUUGGCGCUAAAAAAGCGCAAAAUUCAAAUUUUCUAUAAGAACUAAAACUUGGCCCGUAUAUUUUCAAUCAACUAUUAAGUGUUAUGGCUCGUUGAUGAUUCCGCCAACGUCAAAGAUUAGAAAGGCACGCUUUUUAUGACGACCAUUGGCCGGUGAACCCUACAUUUUUCAAAUUUGCCGCCUUUUAUUAGUGCCAAGAUUGGGUAGACCGUCUAUAAAUCUACUCCUUAAUGGACAAUCAGUAGGUUAAUGUUAUUUAAUGAAGUGUUUAAUCAUUUUCAAUAGAUGUACCAAGUAUAGGUGAUCGGUUAAGUGACAAUUAGUAAUCUUGAAGAAUGACACCAGCAGCUGUGAUGGAACUGGGGCAUGUGCCCCGGGAUCAGGCUCAGGAUCAGCACGACACUCCGUUGCCUACGCCUCCUAGAGAGAAGAAAGCAAAGACCAUAAAACGUUUGUCAUAUGUUCUGGGAUUUCUUUACUCGUCAGUUUUGAUAAUAUUAGCUGCAAUGCUUCUUGUGACGACAACCCUUGUUAACUCCAAAUGGUCUUCAAUAAUCACAAUCUACAUAACAGUAAGCGGUUUCAUAAUACUGGCUACAUUAAUCGUGGACGUCAAACUCUUUACCAGAAGAAUAUGAAAACAGGUAUCAGUUUUACGAAAUAAAGAAGAAGGUCAUCUGGG